AGGUUAAGAAGAUUAUCAACAAAAUACAGAACAGAGAAGAUCUACCCAACAGCCACUGGAGAAAAAGAAGAAAAUGUUAAAAAGAAUAGAUACAAGGAUAUAUUGCCAUUUGAUCAUAGCCGGGUUAAACUGACCUUAAAAACUCCUCCACAAGAUUCUGACUACAUCAAUGCAAACUUUAUUAAGGGAGUCCAUGGGCCAAAAGCAUAUGUUGCCACCCAAGGACCAUUAGCAAAUACAGUAAUAGACUUCUGGAGGAUGAUAUGGGAAUACAAUGUUGCUAUAAUCGUAAUGGCCUGUCGAGAAUUUGAGAUGGGAAGGAAAAAAUGUGAACGUUACUGGCCUCUGUGUGGAGAAGCAGCUGUAACUUUUGGACCAUUUCGUGUUUCUUGUAAAGCCGAGCAAGCAAGAACAGAUUACUUCAUUAGAACGUUAUUACUUGAAUUUCAAAAUGAGACCCGUAGUGUCUAUCAAUUUCAUUAUGUUAACUGGCCUGACCAUGAUGUCCCUUCAUCUUUUGAUUCUAUUCUGGACAUGAUCAGCUUGAUGAGAGAAUAUCAGGAACACGAAGAUGUACCAAUUUGUAUACACUGCAGUGCAGGGUGUGGAAGAACAGGAGCCAUCUGUGCCAUAGAUUAUACAUGGAAUUUGCUUAAAGCCGGGAAAAUACCUGAAGAAUUCAAUGUCUUUAAUUUGAUACAGGAAAUGAGGACACAAAGGCAUUCUGCAGUACAGACAAAGGAGCAGUAUGAACUUGUCCAUCGAGCCAUAGCACAGCUCUUUGAAAAGCAACUGCAAAAAUACGAAAGCUGUGCAGACUGGAAGAUUGCAGAUGGAGUGGAUGAAAAUAAUAUGGAGAAUGCUGUGAGUUCUUCAGAUGCUGAGAAACAGGAUUCUCCUCCACCAAAGCCUCCACGGACCCGCAG